GCCUUUGAUAUCCUUCACCUUUAUAAACAUUUUCAUUCUACUGCUUUCUGAUUAGUUUGAGCAUUGAGUAUUUAAUUUCAAUAUAGUUUUUACACAGAAUUAUCAUUACUGUUUUUGAGUGGAACUAUAAACAGAGAAAUGUUUGGGUCUAUUAAGCACCCCCCUCUACAUACUAAAAAAAAAAAAAUAAAUAAAAAAAUUCUAAUUUUCAUUACUGUAUUCCUGAUAUAAUUAAAUUCAUCCUUUUUUUAACAUUAAAUUAAAAUCAUCCUCUUUUUUUCCCAUUAAAAUCAUCUUGUUUAUCUUUUUAAAACAUAAUUAAAUUUAGUACAACAAAUACUAAAAGACGUGUAAGUACUUUACAAUUCUGUUAUAUAUCAUUUUUAAUAUUUUUUCAUUACAGUACUAAAAAUUAGAUUUUUUUUGCAAUGUUUGAGAAUGGAGAGGGGAUGUACUUAGGCUUCAUUUUCUUGAUGCAAAAUGUAAUCUGUUAUUAUUUUCUGUAAAUUUGGGGGUAAAAUAUGACCCAAGAUUCUAUUUGAAAGUUUUGUGAAAUUCACCCUCAAAUCAUUUUCUUUUAUACUGUCCUUUGAGAAUUUGUGGUCAUGAUGACUGGAGAUUAAUUUAAAAUUAAUUAACGAAGACUGCUUGGAAUUGUCAAUAAAUAUAUGAGGGAAAAAACUGUGAACACAAAUUUGUGAGAUUGCUUUUGAUAAAACAUUCAAGUAAUUCUUUGUUCUUGUUAAUUUAAAAUUCUUGUAGAUUUUCUGAUCUUUUAAAUUAAAAGUUUAAAAUUGUAAUAGCCAAUCAGAUGAGCAUUGUGCUUUACUGUCCUGAAAAUAAUGUCACAAUGCAAAAAAUGCUAAUGGUCCUAAUAACAGACUACAUGUUCUUAAUGCAAAAUAUGAUUUCUUUUUUUUUUUUUUUUUUUUUUUUUUUUUUUGGUUUUGGGAUGACAGUGUUACCUGGUCACUUCUUGACAGGUUUUGUAAGAUUCACCCGUGUGAGGCAGCAAGAGGUUAACAUCCCUGAUCUCACUUCCAUGGACGCAAGCAUGACAUCUGGUGCGUCCAACCAUUAAAUCCUGUUCCCAUCCCUGCUAAGACAGACAGACAACCAAAGAGCCAAUUACAGCUUGCAUCUACUCCACAGUCAACCAAUAGCAGUCCAGGAAAGGAGGUGGGACAAUUCUGGAUCACAUAGCUUGGGUUUGUAGCAUCCUUGUAGCUGCUGUUGUCUUGAGCAUGGAAUAAAAUGAAAUGAAAGAAAAAGACAAAUCAGCAAAUAUGGAAAGGUGUGAAUUUGCACUGUGGAAAACAAUGAUUGUGAACAAAGAGGAUCUUCUCUUGCAGAUCUACUCAUACUACUGAGGAACAAAGGAGGAGGGGUGAAAGGAGGAAUUCACUCUCCUUUUUUUCCCCAUCGCCUGCUUGGAAAAUCUCGGAAAGAUAUCAGCCACAUUUCUCCAUGAUUAGGAUUCUUGCCAGAAGUUCAGGAGAGCACAGAGAUCCUCAUGGUCGAGACAUGGAAGGGGAUUGAAGGCCAUUAGGGUUGACUUCUAACCACGAGACAACUUCACCCUACAAGAACUAUGUCUUUGGCCACCAAACUCGAUCUGUUCACCUCCACCCAAACCCAGACCUUGACCCCAUUCCCCACCCUUCCCCUCACCACCUCCGUUCCUGUUUUCACAAGUUCAGUAGAACCCAGAACUGAUCAGGAGAACAUAACAUCCAGGUCCACCUUCCAUUCCAUCACACCGUCCACCAAUGUGACCGUUCUCAACUCCACGCAGCUGCCAAUUGCAUCUGUGGAAGGCGCAGGGAUGGGGAUGGUGCUCGUACUCUUCGGCAUCAUCACAGUCAUUGGGCUGGCUGUCGUCAUGCUUCUGUAUAUCAGGAAAAAGAAAAGACUGGAGAAACUGAGACACCAGCUGAUGCCCAUGUAUAACUUUGAUCCAGCUGAAGAACAGGAUGAUCUCGAGAAGGAACUGCUGGACCACGGACGAGAAGGAAGCCCAGCAGGACCAAACUCCAAAUUCUGACACAAGGCCUUGUGGUUUGUUAUUUGUGACUCUGACCACAAGUCAAGGUACAACUCAGAAACCCAGUCGACUUGUCUUCACUGAUGUGGCUGAUGCGAUUAAUGCAUGACAGCUGGGAAACUGGACACAUUGGAAUUCUUUAGGAUUCAGGAAUAUACAGAAAGCCAGAACAGAAAAGAUGGAGCUGUCCAAAUGUUCUGAUCAUUAAAGUAACAUGGACUAUAAGUGGUCAAUAAGACACACAUUGAUAUGAUUGAGACAUUGUGUUUCUUGUUAAUAUGAAUGAAUGAGAAAAUAAUCAAAUAUGCAGGUUGUUUAUAUAAAAAGGGACUCCAAAUGCAACUUUAGACAGCUUUGUGAGAAAUCGUACUAGUUUGGUGAAUGGCAGGACAACACACUCUCACGACGAAGUCGUCAGGAUUCGUACGACUUUUCUAAAUUUGGCUUAUUCAUAUGAUAUUGUGCGACUGCAUUCGUUUGAAUUCCUACGACUUUCACUACAGCCAAUGACAUUGCUGGACAUCAUUUC